AAGCUUUCCACCUUGGUUGUCUGUCACUAUGAAUAGCUUGAAAUCCCAACAUCAAGCCAGUAACUUAGUAUGUGACGUGACCAACUCAAAUGGCGCUACUGUAAGUGGAUAUGGCAUGAUUAUUUUGCCAGAUAACAGGCUCUAGUGACAGUUUAGUGACUGCUUGCAAUUUGUAAUGGAAAUUCAUAUGCCGAUCACCUUUUAACUCCUGUGCCACCUUUUUGAAAAAAAUAUAUAUAUUUCACGCCAUUCAACAGUUGUGCUUAGUAUUGCUAAUUUAAUUUAAUGCUGAUGUCAUGUGGCAAGUCACCGGUACCUAACAAGCAAAAAUGCAACUUGGAGAAUUUUGUUUUGGGAGGGGGGAUCCAGAUAUAAUUGAGUAUGAAUUUUAAUGUUAGAGUUCCUUUGCCUUUGCUUUUUUUUAAGAAUGUAUUAUACUGGUUUAACCUUGCAGAUAAUAAAAGUCUGUACGGAAUCAGCAUUAUAAUAGUAAGAAGAAUACGUAUAUUGAUUUUAUUACAUAAAGUAUAAUCUUGGUGCAGUUAGUGAACUGCAGCAACCGAUGUAAUGGUUAAUGCUUUUACAAAGUUCUGUGCGAAUUUCAACACUAGAAUUAUACUAAACCUCUUUUUAGCUAUAAUAUCUAUUUUUAGUACGCCCAUUAGCAUGGGGUCACUACACAAGAACUUUUGCAGUGAGUCAACUGAAUGCUUUUCUGGGUUUAAGUGUUACGGAAUUUCGUCGGCAAGCUUGGCAUCGCGAGACUGGGGCGAACAUAAAUGUGGUGCAGGCAUGUCAUAUUUCUCAAACCCUUUCUGGAUGGAGCGAGAAUGCCAGGCGUAUAAUAUCGGACGGUUGAAAGAAACUGCCAUUGCCCCGCGCUGCCUAAGGUCAAAGCGACGUCACUGCACAUCUGGUGUGGAAAUUGAUCUUUGACUUCGCAUAACGUACGAAAAUGAUUCAACACUGGAGUUGGACGAGGUUGCAUAGGUCAAUGGUGAUAAAAAGCUUAGAUUAUUAUACAUACGCAAUACACUUGGUUCCAAGCACUUUGGUGUGAAGUAUAGACCGAUUCGGUGACAAGAACCAGGCGACAUUACUGCAGUGCCCCCACGCUUAUGAACAAAAGAGAUGCACAUCAGCCAAUGGGAGCGCACAGCUAACCAAAAUCACGCGCUCGUCAAGUUUAGGAAUGCGCGGCUGAGCGACAGGGACACCCGGACCCAGAAAUGGUGUCAGCGAAUUCGGUCUGUAGCAUGAUGUAAAAUAGACGGUACAUUUUGGAGGUCAGAAAAUUCUACAGGAGUAUAGCUUUGUCUAAGGAUGGGGAAAAUUCAGGCCGACCAGUCGUCCAUGAGUAGCCAGGAGACAGCGGUCUCUUCGAGGGUUGAGCUGAAGCGAACAAUCUCGCUUUUCAGCGGUGUGUGCGUCAACAUAGGCAUCAUCAUCGGCUCGGGGAUAUUCGUUUCGCCAAAGGGGGUGCUGAGAGGCGCGGGCUCGGUGGGGCUGUCCCUGGUCCUGUGGGUCGUCUGCGGCGUGUUCUCGCUGCUGGGCGCGCUGUGCUUCGCCGAGCUUGGCACGACUUGGCCUUCCUCCGGCGGGGCCUACGCCUACUUGAAGGCCAUCUACGGCGACCUAGUGGCUUUCCUCUUGAUAUGGAUCUCCGUCUUGAUGUCUGAGCCGGCAGGGUUUGCCGUGGUGGCCUUGACGUUCGGUAACUACUGCCUACAGCCUCUCUACCCGGACCCCUCCUGCCCACCGCCACAGAUCAUGCCUCAACUCCUGGCAACUCUUGUAAUAUUGCUACUGGGAAUGACCAACGUGUUAAGUACCCGCCUGUCCACGUUUGUCCGAAACUUUUUCUCCGUCUGCAAGGUGGUCGCACUGGUCAUCAUCAUAGUCGCCGGUAUCGUGCAGUUGAUUCAAGGCGAGACGCAGAAUUUCGAGAACGCCUUUGAGGGCUCAACUUUUUCCGGACUCGGAAACGCACUGUACUCCGGACUUUUCGCGUUCGCGGGCUGGCACAAUUUGAACAUCGUGACGGAAGAGUUGAAAAAUCCAAACAAGAACCUUCCGCGGGCGAUCUACAUCACCGUGUUUUCUGUGACCAUGAUUUACACCUUUGCCAAUGUGGCCUAUUUCACAGCAAUGGCGCCACGGGAGCUCUUGACUUCAAACGCGGUCGCAGUGACUUUUGGCAGUAAGGUGUUGGGCCAGUUUGCCUUGAUCAUGCCGAUCGCUGUGGCGCUGUCCACUUUUGGCGCAGUCAAUGGCAGCUUGCUCAUCUUGCCCAGACUCUUUUAUGUCGGCGCCCGAGAGGGGCACCUCCCUUCGCUUCUGUCGAUGAUCCACAUCAAAUUCCUGACUCCUCUUCCGUCCAUUGUUGUUACGGUCGUCCUGUGUGUAAUUUACACCUUCUCCAAUGACGUCUACACUCUGAUCAAUUACUCCAGUUUAGUCACGUGGACGUCGAAUGGAGCCGUUGUAGCGGGAAUGAUCUGGGCUCGCUACAGGGAGCCCGACAAGCCACGCCCCUUCAAGGUCAACAUCAUCAUAGCCGUCCUGUUUGUGGCAGCGUGCAUCUUUCUCAUCGUCAUAGGGACCAUCGACUCCCCGAUCGACACCGCCAUCGGGGUGGGCAUCACGCUGACUGGGAUACCAGUCUAUUUCCUGCUGGUCUACCCGAAACGCUUACCCAGAUGGCUGGCUGGAAUACAAGACUCUGUGACAGCAUGGUUCCAGAGGCUUCUGCUGGUCAUCAAAGAGGAAAAAGAUUGAGAAUAGACUGACAAGGAUGGACUCCGUGGUUUUUCUUCUCGGAGGUAAGAUUAUGUACUCACCUACUUACUACUUGCCUCCUCACCGUCAGUGUAGCUCUGGUGUGUUGAUGCAGACUCACUGGCCAUUUCUGGUUACUCCUUAUACAAGACAUCUCAAUGUAGCCUAGUUUGGUUAUAACGACCAUUGUAUUUACCCUU